AUGGCUUGCGCAAUCCCCCUCACGCACUCCCUCGCAUCGGCUCCCCGCGCCGUCGCCGCCGCCGCGUCUCCCGCUACCGCCAAGCCGAAAUCCGCGUCGCCGCUUCUAGCGGGUAGCGUGGGGCUCCGCUCUUCCCGCGGCCCGAUCUCGUCGGCGGCUGUCAGCGUGUCUAGCGCCUCGCCGUUGACACUAACGGGCGGCGCGUCCGGGCCGCCGCGUGUGACUAUGGCGAGCGCGUACAUCUGCCGGGACUGCGGGUACAUCUACAACUCGCGGUCGCCCUUCGAGAAGCUUCCAGACACCUACAAGUGCCCAGUGUGCUCCGCUCCCAAGCGGCGCUUCAAGCCGUACACUGCGCCCGUGUCGCGCAACGCCAACGACCUGGCGGUGCGGAAGGCGCGCAAGGCGGAGCUGCAGGGCGGCGGAGGCGGUGUUUUGAGACGUCUCAAAACACUUCUUCAAACACUCCACCCUGCUCUUACCCUGAUUCCUGCCUCUCCUCUCCUUGCUUCUCAACUCCCCGCUUCCUUUCCUGUUUCACUGUUUCUCUCCCCCCUGCCCCUCACCCCCUCCCCCUCAACCUUCCCCCCCACUUUCCUCCCCGCCCCUCUUCCCAUGCCCCUCGUCCCCCGUCCCUCCCCCCUCAUUGCUUCCUCCCUCUGCUUGGUGCCGCCAUCCCUGCUCCUCUCAUUUGAGCAGCAUGCUCUCUCCUGA